AUGCUCAACAACUUCUAUUCUCUGUCCACAGAUGCUCCUCAGAAGGACGGUGAUGAUGCAGCGUCAGACUCCGCCUCAGACUCCGCCUCCUCGCUGUUCAACCACUGGGGUCAUGACCUCGGUCCAGAGAGCAGAAGAGUUGCCCUUAAGAAGUUUCACUACUAUGGAUACAAUGGCUACUUGAGUGACCGGAUAUCCCUCACCAGGCCCAUCCCAGAUUUACGACCAGAUGGAUGUAAAAACAUGUCUUACUCAUCAGACCUUCCGCAGCUCAGCGUAAUCUUCAUCUUUGUCAACGAGGCCCUGUCAGUGUUGCUGCGCUCCAUCCACACAGUCAUCCAAAGGACUCCAGCCCACCUCCUCAAAGAGAUCAUACUGGUGGACGACCACAGCAACAGCUCGGAGUUAAAGGAGCACCUGCAGAGUUUUGUGGAUGAGACUAAUGCUCAGCACGGCCCCAGCUUCAUCAAGGUGGUCCGCCAUGACAAGCAGGAAGGACUGAUCAGGUCCAGAGUCAGUGGAUGGAGGGCGGCGUCCGCUCCGGUGGUUGCUCUGUUCGACGCACAUGUGGAGUUCAACACUGGGUGGGCAGAACCCAUUCUGCAGCGAAUAAAGGAGGACCGGACCCGCGUGGUGUCUCCGUCUUUUGACAACAUCAAGUACGACACCUUUGAGAUUGAAGAGUACCCCCUUUCUGCGCAGGGCUUCGACUGGGAGCUUUGGUGUCGUUACCUCAACCCACCAAAGUCCUGGUGGAUUCUACGCAACCACACAGCUCCCAUCAGGAGUCCGGCCCUGAUUGGUUGCUUUGUGGUGGACAGGAAAUACUUUGAGGAGAUUGGGCUGCUCGAUGAGGGCAUGGAAAUUUAUGGAGGAGAAAAUGUUGAACUUGGCAUCAGGGUGUGGCAAUGUGGCGGCAGCGUGGAGGUUCUGCCCUGCUCCAGGAUCGCCCACAUCGAGCGUGCCCACAAACCGUACACGGAGAACUUGACAGCCUGCGUGCGUCGAAACGCCCUGAGGGUGGCUGAGGUGUGGAUGGACAACUACAAGAACCAUGUCUACAUGGCCUGGAAUGUCCCGCUGCAGAACUCAGGAAUAGACAUUGGGGAUAUUUCUGCGAGAAAAGCCCUUCGGUCCAAACUCAGAUGCCAACCGUUCAGCUGGUUCCUGUCCAACAUCUACCCAGAGCUGCGAUCCUACAGCAACACUGUUGCUUAUGGAGUGUUGAAGAACAGUUUGAGAAACGACCUGUGUCUGGACCAAGGCCCGGACACCGACAACGUGCCCAUCAUGUACCUCUGCCAUGGAAUGACACCUCAGGUCAGUGGCUUUUCAUUUUAA